CAAUAAACCAAAGAAGAUAAUGUAGAGUGAUGGGUCACUUAAAACUAACGUGGCAACAGUUCCAUGGAUUUGGAGAAGACAAAUUAGUAAGAAAAACCAGAGUGAAGUGUUCAGUUCAAUUUCCGAUUCUAAGUUGAUAAUUCAAAUUUGAUACUGCACACAACUAGAAUAACAUCAUCAUCAUUAUCAUCAACAAGGGUUCUAUUCUCACUAAGAUUUCAUUUUCCCAUUUACAGUAUUCUCCAUGUUCACCCUUGUGCAAUUCUCAAUCAAAUUUUCACACUUGAAACCCAAUUUCAACUUCAAUGAUGGUGUAUACCGGACACAACCCACUUUCUCUUUUUCUCAGUUUGACCCAAAGUUUACUUCUUUUCAUCUGGGUAGCUUCAAGUUGAGAGCAUACAGGGAGAGACGGUCCUUCUUGGGAGGUACAGUGUUUAAAAAUGGGGUUUUGUUGGGAGAGAAAGGGUGCAAGAAGAAAAAGAGAGUGGUUUUGGUGAAAAAUAAUCAAGGGUUUGGAUUCAAUAAUGGUGGUGGAAGAGAUGAUGGUGGCAGUGCUAGGAUUUUGGGAAAUCUUGCUUUGGCUAUUGGGUUAACUUAUCUUUCAGUGACUGGACAACUUGGAUGGAUUUUGGACGCUAUUGUCUCCAUUUGGAUCUUUGUAGUGUUAGUACCGAUAGUAGGUUUUGGUGCUUUCCUCUGGUGGGCAGGAAGAGAUAUAAUGAAAGGCACUUGUCCAAACUGUGGAAAUGAUUUUCAGGUUUUCAAAUCCACUUUAAAUGAGGAAUUGCAGUUGUGCCCCUUUUGCGGUCAACCUUUUUCUGUUGAUGGCAAUGAGUUUGUAAAGGAAUCUGUAAAGUUUUCAAACCAAUCUACAACAUUUGGACAAGCAUUCGACAAUUUCUCGCGUUCUAGAAAUGACGAGGAUUCCGGUAGAGCAAUUGAUGUUGAAGCUGAAAUAAAAGACGCGGAUUGAGUCUUUGCUGAGUGUGUCCUUAUUAUUCUGAAAAUAUAUUGUUGGUGCUGUUUCUUGCUCUAAUAACUGUCUCUCUCUCUCUGUGCCACUAAAUAACCUGUAUGAGAUUUGUAAUUUUAUCUCAUUUUUCAGGUUAACUAUGCUGAAGUGAAGUCUCAUUCACUUUAGCACAUACUAGAGGGAAGAGUGUAGUAGUGUGCAAGCAUGUCAACACAUUUUUAGAUAUGAUAGGAAUAUAGUGAGUUGAGUAGCAUUACAAUUGUAAUAUAAGUUUUGAUAGUGAUGUUUCUCUUUCUCACAUCACACAUCUAUUAACAAAAAUGCGUCUUCAAUUGUUA